AGUUACAUUGAACGACCCUAUACACCGAUCCUAUUAUCCAACGAAGGACGAUUCAUUUCAUUUCUGAUCAAAUUUUAUGAAGAUGGCAUUAUGACUAAGAGAUUACGUGUUAAAAAAUGCGGUGAUUGUGUUGAAAUUAGCGAUCCAGUAGGCUGUUUUAAUGUUUGGUCCGAUUGUGCUGAAGCAGUGUUGAUGUUGGCAGCUGGAACCGGUCUGGCACCGAUGCUUCGAAUAACUGCUGUGCGCUUAAAAAAUAACAAAAGAACAACAAUACUUCUUUUCAACAAGCAAAUGUCGGAUAUCAUGUCGGAAGAAUAUUUCUCCAGAUGCAUGGUAUCACUUGAAAAUCCUCUUCUCAAAUUAAUCCACUGCCUAAGUGAGCCAGAUCUCAAGUGGUACGGUGAAAAAGUGCUGUUCAUAUUUUUCAAGGAUGAUAACAUUACGCAAUGUAUCAAUCGAAUCGAUUCUACAGUGGAGAAAAGGAAUCGGAUUUUAUGCGGUGUUUCUUUACUGCUUGGGACAUUGUGA